ACUACUACUACUAUCACCACCACUACUACUACUACCACCACUACUACUACUAUCACCACCACUACUACUACCACCACUACUACUAUCACCACCACCACUACUACUAUCACCACCACCACUACUACUACUACUAUCACCACUACUACUACUAUCACCACCACCACUGCUACUACUAUCACCACCACCACUGCUACUACUAUCACCACCACCACUACUACUAUCACCACCACCACUACUAAUACUAUCACCACCACUACUACUAUCACCACCACUACUACUAUCACCACCACCACUACUACUACUAUCACCACCACCACUACUAUCACCACCACUACUACUAUCACCACCACUACUACUAUCACCACCACCACUACUACUAUCACCACCACCACCACUACUACUAUCACCACCACCACUACUAUCACCACCACUACUACUAUCACCACCACCACUACUACUAUCACCACCACUACAACUACUACUACUAUCACCACCACCACCACUAGUACUACUAUCACCACCACCACUACUACUAUCACCACCACCACUACUACUACUACUAUCACCACCACCACUACUAUCACCACCACCCACCACCACUACACCACCACUACUAUCACCACCAACACUACUACUAUCACCACCACCACAACUACUCUCACCACCACUAUCACCACCACUACUACUACUAUCACCACUACUACUACUAUCACCACCACUACUACUAUCACCACCACUACUACUAUCACCACCACUACUGCUAUUACCACCACUACUACUACUACUAUCACCACCACUACUACUACUACCACCACCACUACUACUACCACCACUACUACUAUCACCACCACCACUACUACUAUCACCACCACCACUACUACUACUACUAUCACCACUACUACUACUAUCACCACCACCACUGCUACUACUAUCACCACCACCACUGCUACUACAACCACCACCACUACUAAUACUAUCACCACCACUACUACUAUCACCACCACUACUACUAUCACCACCACCACUACUACUACUAUCACCACCACCACUACUAUCACCACCACUACUACUAUCACCACCACUACUACUAUCACCACCACCACUACUACUAUCACCACCACUACUACUACUAUCACCACCACCACCACUACUACUAUCACCACCACUACUACUAUCACCACCACUACUACUAUCACCACCACCACUACUACUACCACCACUACUACUAUCACCACCACUACUACUAUCACCACCACCACAACUACUACUACUAUCACCACCACCACCACUAGUACUACUAUCACCACCACCACUACUACUAUCACCACCACUACUACUAUCACCACCACCACUACUACUACUAUCACCACCACCACUACUAUCACCACCACCACUACUAUCACCACCACUACUACUAUCACCACCACCACUACUACUAUCACCACCACUACUACUACUAUCACCACCACCACCACCACUACUAUCACCACCACUACUACUAUCACCACCACCACUACUAUCACCACCACCACUACUACUAUCACCACCACUACUACUAUCACCACCACCACUACUACUAUCACCACCACCACAACUACUACUACUAUCACCACCACCACCACUAGUACUACUAUCACCACCACCACUACUACUAUCACCACCACUACUACUAUCACCACCACCACUACUAUCACCAUCACCACCACUACUACUAUCACCACCACCACUACUAUCACCACCACUACUACUAUCACCACCACCACUACUACUAUCACCACCACUACUACUAUCACCACCACCACUACUACUAUCACCACCACUACUACUAUCACCACCACUACUACUAUCACCACCACCACCACCACUACUACUAUCACCACCACUACUACUACUAUCAUCACCACUACUACUACUAUCACAACCACCACCACUAGUACUACUAUCACCACCACCACUACUACUACUAUAACCACCACUACUUCUACUAUCACCACCACC